UCGCGGUACUCAGUCUCAGAUGGUAAACGUCUACCGGUGUCCGCAGCACCGCGUUAAGUUAAACACACCUUUUGUCAUAUUCUAGUGUAGGCGGCAGGUGCGAAACAAAUGAUUCAACCUUGAAAUGAAGAACCGCCUGACUGAUUUAACACCCACCCGAGGUGACACGGCUCCAGUAGAGACCAAUGCUUUCCUAGAUCAAUUCCUCCCUAAGGUAGAUGAGGUUCAGAAACUUAUCCAGAGUAUUUCCCAUUCUGUGGGAGAGGUGAAGUCAAGGCAUCAUACUAUUUUGACAGAAAUCAACCCACCGAAGUAUGUGAGAGAGGAGCUUGAGCAGUUUAACAAUGAUAUCAAGAGGACAGCUGAUGUCGUCCAUGUUAAACUGAAAGGUUUGGAGGGAAAUUUGUGUGAGAAUGCAAAUAGUGGCUCUGUGUACUUCCGCAUCCAGAAUACCCAGCACACAGUUCUGUCACUGAGGUUUGCAGAAAUAAUGAACGUGUACAAUCAAGAACUUUUAUCUUUUCGAAAAAGCAGUAAAGAACAGAUUCAAAGACAGCUGGAGAUCAAAGGCAGAAUCCUCACCGAAGAGGAGACGGAGGUCUUGCUGCAGAGCAACAACUCUUCUGUUUUUACUUUAGAUAGUCUUCCUGGCUUCAACAUUACAGGGCAAACACUGAAUGAGAUCGAGUCACGGCAUAAGGACAUUCUCUGUCUGGAAGCCAGCAUUCGAGAGUUGAAUAACAUGUUUGUGGAUAUUGCAAUGUUAGUGAGCAGUCAGGGGGAAAUGGCCAACAAUAUUGCAAAGACUGUAAUGAAAGCUGAAAACUAUGUAGAACAAGGAAAAGAAACCAUGAAAGAUGCUGUGGUUUAUAAAAAAUCUUGGCGGAUACUCCCUCGCUUCCGCAGUUCAUUUAAGAGCAAAGCUAAAGCAGUGACCGAUGAUGGUUCCUGAGAACUUUACCCAGUGUCAUCAAGUGUUCAUGAAACUAUGACUAUUGUGUUCUGUGCAAAUGAGAGAUUCGUAAAGUUGAUCCUGUAAUCUGUAAAAAGCAGGACCACCUUUCCUUUCAUAACUGAAUUUCCACCAGGAUCUAAGUUAGACCUUUGUCUAUACAAACAAAUGUCUUGGUAGUUUCUCCGCAGCAUAGUUAAUAAUUACACUUCCUCUUAUGUGCUAUAGUUUUCAACUAAAAAUAGCAGCACUGACGGACGUCAAUAGCUAGAGUUGAAGUCAUGAAUUUCAUCUUUGUUUCUGUGUUGUUGUAUUUGCUUUUGUUGUUGUUUUUUUUUGUUUGAGAUGAGAUGGUGUCCAUUGGUUUCAUGGUACAUAUUCAAUGUUAUAACUUAAUUCCACUUGAUUUAUAUAGACGCUCUGAUUAUUAUAACAGAAUGUUGGCAGCUUUGCUUUUUUUAUUUUUAACCCUGCUGAAAAAACAGCAUUAUACCAGCAUGGACCAGCAUGGGAAUUAUGCUGGUCUGUGCUGGUUUAGCUGGUGGUCACCAACAUACCAGCACCAAAACACAACAUAUUCUGGUCUUGCUGGUAUGACCAGCAUGGGAUGCUGGUGCUAAUGCUGGUUUGGUGCUGGUUUAGCUGGUGCUAAUGCUGGUUUGGUGCUGGUUUAGCUGGUGUUCUGACCAAAACCAAAACACAAUUAUUCUGGUCUUGCUGGUAUGCUGUUUUUCAGCAGGGAAGUGAAUGAAGGAUGGGUCACAUACAAUAUACAGUACUUAAUCAGAUAUUGACAGGCCUUGACUAUGCUUGAGAUGCUUUUAUUGCUUGGUAAUGUAUUAAUGAUUGUAAAUAACAGUUGUGUAGAUUGCUAGAAAUGUAGGCAUUUCAAAUAAACUGGAAACACUGGAAGGA